AUGGCGAAACAAAUACAGAACAAAACUGUUUUGACGCACUUGCUCAUUCUCUUUCUCUAUGCUUCCUCUCUCACCGUAUCAGCAAGAAUCGCACCUCUCUUGCAAAAUUACGGCAAUUCCAAUUUCAGAUCAACUUUUCAUACUAUUUAUGAUACUUCAAACUACGGUCUUCUUCAGAUUAAUAAUGGUUUGGCUCUCACGCCUCAGAUGGGAUGGAACAGCUGGAACUUUUUUGCAUGCAAUAUCAAUGAAACGGUUAUUAAGGAAACAGCUGAUGCACUGGUAUCUACGGGAUUGGCUGAGUUAGGUUAUAACUAUGUCAAUAUAGAUGAUUGUUGGUCUUCUGUGAUAAGAAAUUUGAAGGGUGACCUGGUACCUGAUCGUAAGACAUUUCCAUCGGGAAUCAAAUCACUUGCGGAUUAUGUGCACGGAAAGGGACUCAAGCUUGGUAUAUAUUCUGAUGCUGGGGCUUUUACAUGUCAAGUCCGACCAGGAUCAAUUUUCCACGAAAAUGAUGAUGCAGAUUUAUUUGCCUCUUGGGGCAUAGAUUAUUUGAAGUACGACAAUUGUUACAAUCUAGGCAUCCCUCCUAAAAAAAGAUAUCCACCUAUGCGUGAUGCCCUCAAUGACACUGGACGUAAAAUUUUCUAUUCUAUUUGUGAAUGGGGUGUUGACGACCCUGCUUUGUGGGCAGGCAAGGUUGGUAAUAGCUGGCGCACAACCAAUGACAUCAAUGAUACAUGGGCAAGCAUGACAACUAUUGCCGAUCUUAAUGACAAGUGGGCUGCAUAUGCGGGUCCUGGAGGAUGGAAUGACCCAGAUAUGUUGGAAGUUGGCAAUGGUGGCAUGACUUACCAGGAAUACCGUGCUCACUUUAGCAUCUGGGCUUUAGCGAAGGCUCCUCUAUUGAUUGGUUGUGAUGUAAGAAAUAUGACUGCUGAAACACUUGAGAUUUUAAGCAACAAAGAAGUCAUUGCUGUAAAUCAAGACUCACUUGGAGUCCAGGGUAGGAAAGUUCAAGUUGCUGGAACAGAUGGUUGUGCCCAGGUUUGGGCAGGUCCUUUAUCAGGAAACCGUUUGGCUGUUGCUCUCUGGAAUCGAUGCUCAAAAGUUGCCACUAUAACAGCUUCAUGGGCAUCACUUGGCCUUGAAUCUGGAAUUCAUGUUUCUGUGAGGGAUUUGUGGCAGCACAAGGUAAUAAAAGGAGAUGCGGUUUCAUCAUUCAGUGCUCAAGUUGAUUCUCAUGAUGCUCACUUGUACAUUUUUACUCCAUCUACUGCAUCUUACUCUGCACAGUAA